UCCUGUAAAUUUAAUUUUUUAAAAAAAUUAAAAAGCUUAUAAAGUAAGCCAACUAGUUAAUUAAUGAAUAUAAUUUGGAAAAAUGGUCUGAAAACUCAGCUAUAUAUCUCCAUCGCAGACGCCAUACAUAAGUUUUUCUUUUAAAAAAUGACUAAAGUAAACUUCCUUGUUAGAGACCAUAUGCAUUUGUUUGUAUAUACACACAUAUAUUUGGUUUGGCAUAGGGCUUAGCUUUCCCAUUAUUAUUAUUUUUGUUGAAAUUAGGUAGAAAAUUAAUGAAAAUGAAGCCUACACAACAACAACAUACUAAGCCUACGCCUCACCCAAUUCCUCCCAACUCCAGCAAAGUUAUACAUUUUGUUCCACAAAGAGAAUUUUUUUUUGAAAAUGUUGAAGAAAAGAUUAAUCUGUAUCAAAGUGCACUUGAAGGUAAUUGGGAAACAGCUGAAUAUAUAUUGAUGAAGAAAAGAAGUUUGUUAAGUGCAUCAAUAACGAGAGACAAGGAGAGAGCUCUUCACAUUGCUGCUGGAGCUAAGCACACGGAUUUUGUGAAAAAUCUUGUAAAACAAAUGAACAAAGAGGAAAUUGCUUUGAAAAAUAGACAUGGAAACACUGCCUUAUGCUUCGCAGCUGCUUCUGGAGUUGUAAAAAUUGCUGAGCUUAUGGUUAAUAAGAACAAAGAUCUUCCACUUAUUCGUGGUUUUGGCGAUGUUACUCCUCUUUUCAUGGCAGUUUCUUACAAAUGUAAACCCAUGGCUUUAUAUCUCUUGUCGGUCACUCAACUCAUUCACUUAACCUCCCAGGAACAGAUUGAGCUUCUUAUCGCCACCAUCUAUAGUGACUUCUUUGAUAUAAGUUUGAACAUUUUGGAACUGAAUCCAAGCUUGGCUACUAUGAACGACGCAAAGAACAACGAUGAGACAGCUUUGCAUGUCAUGGCUAGAAAAACAUCAGCAAUUGCCAACGGAGAUCGAUUAAACUUUUGGAAAAGUUGCAUCAAUUCUUUGAAAGGUGGGAUCUCCAAUAAAGAAGAAGAAGAGAUGAAGACAGCAGCCCGUAAAUUAGUUGAAUCAUUAUGGAAACAUGGUGUAUUUGAAUUGCCACAUAAGGAGUUGAUCAACUUCAUUAGACAUCCCUCAAGAUUACUUCAUGAUGCUGCCAGUGUAGGAAAUGUUGAGUUUUUGGUUUUAGUCAUUCGUAGAUAUCCCGAUGUCGUAUGGGAAGAAGAUGACGACGGUAAAAGUAUAUUUCAUGUAGCAGUUGAGAAUCGACUCGAGGAUGUGUUCAAUCUAAUAUUUGAGCUUGGUGGACUCAAAGACUUUUCUACAAAAUAUAGAACUACUGUCAAAGGAAAAUAUAACCUUCUACAUUUGGCUGCUAAACUAGCUGCUCCUAACCAUCUCAAUAGGGUCUCAGGAGCAGCCCUUCAAAUGCAACGUGAAUUACUUUGGUUCAAGGAAGUGGAGAAGAUAGUUCUAUCAUCCCAAUUGGAGGCCAAAUGUGACGAUCCUCUAAAGUUGACACCGCGCGAGUUAUUCACGAAAGAACACAAAGAUCUUCGAAAAGAUGGCGAGGCGUGGAUGAGAAACACAGCAAACUCUUGCAUGCUUGUUUCAACUUUAAUUGCCACAGUUAUAUUUGCAGCAGCCUUCACAAUUCCUGGUGGUGAUGAUAACGAAGGCACUCCUAUAUUUCAAAAGAGGUUUUGGUUCACUAUAUUUGUUAUAUCAGAUGCAGUGGGUUUAAUCUCCUCUUCAUCUUCUAUUUUGGUGUUCUUAUCCAUCCUAACUUCACGCCAUGCCGAAGACGAUUUCUUGCACUCAUUGCCUUCUCGAUUGCUUAUUGGACUCACUUCGUUGUUCAUCUCCAUAGUGUGCAUGGUGGUGGCCUUUAGUGCAACCUUUUUUAUGCAUUACCACAAUAAUGCAAAUAUAUGGGUUCCUAAAAUAGUGGCUACAACAACGAUUGUUCCCGUUUGCUGCUUUUGCAUGCUUCAGUUUAAACUCUGGGUUGAUAUAUUUCACAACACUUACUUGUCUAAGUUUCUUUUCAGGUCUGAUCAACAUAAAUUAACACUAUCGUCCCCUAUUAAACGUCUUCUCUCUAUACCCAUGCUCGAGUCUAAUUUACCCUUACCCAACUCUAUUAUUUGUUCUUCUUCACCUAAUGUGCGGUUCACUACAAGAAAAAUGGUUUACCACGACGGUUAAAAAUUGUCAUAUUUGAAGUUCUUGACAGUUUUUUGAAGUCAUUGUAUCGUCCGUGGAGGUAUGAUUAUCAAUAACAAAUUGAAAGAAUUGUCACAAUAAAUAUUGAUAUCAUAUAUCAAGUAUUACUGACAAAUAAUGAAUGCCAUUAUUUUACUUUUUUGCA